AGUGAGGCGUAAGGCAAAGUUAGAAGGGAGGCACAGCCAAAGAAAACGUCGAGAACCUUCUUCCGCCGCCGGCCGGCCAUGGCGUCCUCCGUAGGCCUUCCUCUCUUCUCCCCUACGGUCUCGCCGCCUCCCUCCUCUAUCCCGCUGCCACGCCGCUGGAAAAUCCCCACCGUCCGCGCCACCGUCUCGUCGCAGCCGCUCGUAGCGGCGGCGCCGGACGACCUCGUCGCCUCCAUCCUAUCCAAGGUCAAAGGAACUGAUGGAGGGAUCGCGCUUAGUAGCGAUGGACACAAAGAGGUGUCGAAUGUGGCUGAUCAGCUCGCGGGAUAUUGUGUCGAUGAGCCGGUCAAGUCCCCUCUCAUCUUUGGAGAAUGGGAUGUAGUGUAUUGUUCGAGGCCAACAUCGCCGGGAGGAGGCUAUAGAAGCGUAAUUGGACGACUCAUCUUCAAGACAAGCGAAAUGGUACAGGCAUUGGAAGCUCCUGAUAUCGUGAGGAACAAAGUUACUUUUUCUAUUUUGGGGGUCCUCAAUGGAGAAGUAUCCUUGAAAGGUAAACUGAUUGUGCUGGACAGUAAAUGGGUCCAAGUCAUAUUCGAACCUCCGGUGCUGAAGGUGGGGCCGCUCGAGUUCCCGUACGGCCUUCAGAGUGAGGUCAAGCUACAAAUCACAUACAUUGACGAGAAAAUAAGGCUCGGGGUGGGAUCCAAGGGUUCACUCUUUGUCUUUCUACGGCGAGGCUGAAUGUGAAACUGAAGCUCUAUCCUUCGUCAAAGGUGGAAAAGUUUCGCAUAGCAAUCGGUCGGGUGUUUAGGGUUGUAGGUCGGAAGAAUGUGGAGAGUGUCGUUGUUGUUUGUAGAGUUUUGUAUCUAGUUCCUUUAGAAAUUGUUUAAUCUUGAAACUAAGUUUGCUUCGUAA